AUGGUCUGCAAGCCCGCCAUCAUGCGCCUUGAAACGAGCGAGCCGGGCUCCUCUUAUGACGAGGAGGGACACCGCGAGCCGAGCUCGCCUCCCCUCGGCUGCUCUUGCUGGCGAACCUUCCCUGGCCAAGUCUCGAUGUGGGGACCGUUCGGCUUGGUUGAGGCCUUGGGCCAAGUGCCGUUCCCAUUAGAUUAA